UCAGCUGCGAAGCAACCGCCGCAUGAUGGAUGUGCGCGCUGCGAAUCGGCAUUCGUUCGGCAAUGCGGAAAUUGAUAUCGACUGUAUCGUCGCCGCCGUGGCUGGAUUGAACGACAAGAUUUCGCGGCUGCGACGGGAGAUCGACGCGUUCAAGAACGAGGAGGGAAACUAUUCUGUGCGCAAUUGCUUGAGGCCGGCGCCGUCGGAAUUUAAUGAGUCGGCGGAAAACGCGAGGAGACGAACGAGCGCGCGGUGCGAGACGCAAAGAAAUUUUAAAGGAGACGACUCGCUAGGCGGUUCUGAUUUAUCCGCUCGUUUAUCAUCUGCGGAACGUGCGCGGGAAGUAAAAACGGAGGCCCACGAGGCGGCUGUAUUUAAGGAGGAUUACCCGUCCGAUGAUAAAUCAAUCGGAAAUGAUGAACGGCCGGAUAGAUCGCCGUCCAAACCGUCGCGAGCGUCUCGAGAGCCCAUCUCGGACGCGGAAAAAUUCAGCAGAGAAACCGACAAUGACGAGAAAUCGCAGGAGCCCGAGAGGUGCCGAAAUAGACCCGCGAACGAUACGUAUCGCGAGCGCAGCCCCGAAAAUGUAAUUGCGUCGAAAAUUAGGAGAAAAAGGAUCUCCAGAGGCGUACAAUACGACAGACCCGCCGAACGCGGAAGAAACGCCGGCUGUUUAUUUCUCCGCUGUUUUCGACCGAGAUCGAAAGAGUACAAACAGGCACGGGAAGCAGAGAGGAAGAGAGCGCACAGAAAUAAAUCCGAUAUUGUUCGCGAGCGACAAAAGAGAGCGAUCAGAUCAUCAGUUGAGAAAAUAAUCAGCGGCGGCACGCGACCUGAACAAUCCUGCGGCUCGAUUGACGAGGAAGAGAUACCGGCGGGUGAUGCGAAUCUAAAGAAAGAGACGCGCAAAGGCAAUGAAGAGGAAGUAAGAAGUAUUAAGAAAAAAUAUGACGAAUCGCAAAAUCGUGACGCGAAGUGGAGUCGCCUCGGAGUGCCAUGGCUGUGUAAAAUGUUUGGGCGCAGUGCGAGAGCUCGAAGAAGAAGAUCGGUACGAAACAGCAAUCCCAGCGUCGUCGUCAUCGAUUCUGCGGGUAACAAAGAGGAGAUUACCGAAACCGACUUCGGAAGUAAAGGGAAGUAUAGCGAUCGCGAGCGCAACGACGGUUUUCACGGCGACCGGAGCGUGAAAUUUCCGGAUUGUGAAACGAAAUCGGAGGACGCUCGGGAAAACGCGGCUGCGGCUUCCGAGCGGCAGAAUAACGUGAACGAAGCGAGGAAGAGAUUGGAUUUGUGCAUCGCCGAGUUGAACGGGAUUAUUCGUGAUGCUUGUGCGAUAUUCGGCGGCGGGUCGAGCUUUGGCGGAGUAGAGAGAACCUCUAUGGCGAAGAGGAACAGCUGAGAGAGCGCGGAA